GGAAAACAGUAUGAGCAAACACAGCGCUGAGGGGACCUUCUGAUUAGGAGACCUCCCUGCGGCCAGCCAGGCCGCACACCUUCCCAGCAGGAGGGUGGAGGCUUGCUCCUGGAGGCCUAGGACCAGCAGCUAAAGCCAUGGCCACCACCACGUGCCAGGUGGUGGGGCUCCUCUUGUCCCUCCUGGGCCUGGCCGGCUGCAUCGCCGCCACCGGGAUGGAUAUGUGGAGCACCCAGGACCUGUACGACAACCCAGUCACCUCUGUGUUCCAGUAUGAAGGGCUCUGGAGGAGCUGCGUGCAGCAGAGCUCAGGGUUCACCGAGUGCCGGCCAUACUUCACCAUCCUGGGCCUUCCAGCCAUGUUGCAAGCGGUACGAGCUCUCAUGAUUGUGGGCAUUGUCCUGGGCGUCUUCGGGAUCCUAGUGUCCAUCUUUGCCCUGAAGUGCAUUCGGAUUGGCAGCAUGGAUGAUUCUGCCAAGGCCAAGAUGACCCUGACCUCGGGGAUCCUGUUCAUCAUCUCAGGAAUCUGUGCAAUUAUUGGUGUGUCCGUGUUUGCCAACAUGCUGGUUACCAACUUCUGGAUGUCCACAGCCAACAUGUACAGCGGCAUGGGCGGGAUGGUGCAGACCGUUCAGACGAGGUACACCUUUGGUGCGGCUCUAUUCGUGGGCUGGAUCGCUGGAGGCCUCACACUAAUUGGGGGCGUGAUGAUGUGCAUUGCCUGCCGUGGUCUGACACCGGAUGACAGCAACUUCAAAGCCGUGUCUUACCAUGCCUCUGGCCAAAAUGUUGCCUACAGGCCUGGAGGCUACAAGGCCAGCACUGGCUUUGGGUCCAACAUCAGAAACAAGAAGAUCUAUGAUGGGGGUGCUGCCCGCACAGAGGAAGAUGAUCAAUCUCAUCCUACCAAGUAUGACUACGUGUAAGGCUCUAAGAUACCCCUGCCACCGGGUGUCGAAGAAACCCCUCCCCAAGAAGAGCUCUCCCCAAACCAAGGACAUUCUACCUUGUUCCAUUGCUUUUGACUGACAGUGGGAAACUUGUAAAGCCUUAAUUUCAUCCAUGGUGAGGUUAGACAGUCUUGGCCACGCAUCUCUGUCUCUAAACAGUCUAUCACAAAACAGCUGAGCUAUCGUUUAUGAGUUAGAGGUCAUAACCACUCACUUAUCCCAGUCCUCGGCCUUUCGCUGUAGACUUAGAAUGUAACUUGACACACUGACAAAUUACUUGAUUACUUAGACAGCCUUUCCCUCUCAUAUUUACUAAACCUGUUGAGAAUCUAUUUCCCAACUUGACCCCCUAAGUAAAAUUUUUAAAGGGAAAAAAAUGGAUUAAAGGGCAUUAUUUCAUACUAGUUUUGCCUUGCCCACCCCAACUUGACUAAUAAUCAUAGUGAACACUGAUUAAAAAGAUAACAAUAGAGGAGAGACAGUUGCAGUCUCCCCAACCUCUGCUCAUGUGGCGAUGUGAUCUCACACGUUAUCAGCCACAGGGGUUUUCAGGUGAGGCAAGCCAGCUACUUCUCUUGGCCUCUGUUGAUUUCAACUAGACAGUGCCAGAACUUUCCACCUGGGGUCCUUCUUCUGUCAGAAUUCAGAAAUUUUCCUUAGGCGACAAAGAAGUGGAUUUUUUUUUUGGUAACCUGAGUUCUAUAUACAGUUAUAAUAAAUAAUACAUUAGCAAAAUGUCAUAUAAUAUCUCUGUGAAUUGGCCUCACCCUUACAUAUAGAAAUAUCUGGGGGUGGGGAUCAUUCCUUGCUAUUGUCUAUAUUGUACUCAAUAAGGUUCUACAUAAAUCCAAACAUCAUGAAAAGCUUUCUGAUCCUAAUUGUUUUCUUUUGAGAUCUCCAUAACCUAAGUACGGCCCUUGUUUUUAAAAAGUCAAAUUCCAAAUCCUAGAGAGUAGCUUAAAACUGGUUCUUUUUGCAAAAAGACUACUUAGCCUGUGCCUCUUCACUGGCACAUUUCCAGUCCCUGCCAGUGAACAGUGGCACUUCCUGGACCCUGUGGUCAGUUUCUGUGGUUCUGACAGUUGCACCGGGCAUUAAUAUGUGAGCCGCACCCUUCUCUGUGCUUGUAGGAGAAAACACGAACUCCAGCCCAGCAUGCAGCUGGAAUAGGCUCCCAGGAAAUGGAGAUAAGGAUGCUCACUAAAACCCACCCAAGCCCAGAACAGCAAUGGUGCUGUAGGAGCCUGGCCGAGGCGUUGUUAUAGAGGAAAGGGCAGUUCUUACAUUAAUAGUGCAGAUAAAAGUGACCUCCAGGGGGUCAGAGAAUACUCAGGCUGUCUCCAGGGUAACGCACAGAGUUCUUCCCACUGGGACACCGGUGGUUUUAGGCUACAUUGAAGAGGGCCCUCCUAAAACUCAUUGUUAGAGGUGGCUAAGAAAUGGACAGAUCAAACAAUUCAAGAGAGGAGGGAGAGGAGGAGGUGGAAAUGAGCUGUUGAAGGCAUGGAGGUCAUUGAGGUUCUUGGGGUCCAAACAGAAGGUCAUCCCUUUGAGACCACGAACACAGUGAGUUUCUUCCCCUCAGCCCCAACUACCCACUCACCAGAAAAUCCCCAGCCAGGUUGGAGGCAGUGAGACUCAGCUGUUUUCAGUUAGUAGUUCUCUAACAUGUCAUUGGUUGUUUUGGUUUUUUUUGGGGGGUUUUUUGUUUUGUUUUGUUUUUUCAAGACAGCGUUUCUCUGUAUCUUUGUCUGUUUUGGAACUUGCUCUGUAGACCAGGCUGGCCUCAAAUUCAGACAUCCACCUUCCUUUACCUCCCGAGUGCUGGGGUUAAAGGCGUGGGCCACCACUGCUGCCACCACCACCACCCGGCUUGACACAGGACUGUUUAAAAGCUUCCCUAUAGACUUUACUCUGUCAUCUUUUUGUUAUUGCUCUGCCUUAUUGUAUGCAUUGAGUAUUAACCUCCAUGUUUUGUUACUUAAAUAUUAAAAACACUGUUAACUUCCA